UAGUCACUCUUGGAAAAUAUCUACGCAUAAGAUUCAUUUGAAACGAACACUAAGUUCUAAUUAUUUUUUUAUAAAUUUGAGCGUGAGCUAUUUGUUCUGGUCGUCUGCGACAGAAAAAACUUGUCUAUCCAAAAUAUCUUAUAUACAGAGUCAUCUAACGAUCCAAAUAUUUUAGAAAAGUUUUAUCAUAUAAUCAUUAUCCAUGAAGUUAUUCAUCAAUAUUUGCAUAGGUUGCCUAUAGUUGAUAGUUAUAUAUAAUAGAAUUAUAUAUAGACUAUAUGAUAACGUAUGAUUUAUCCCGUGUUUAAUAAAACUUGAUUUUGAAAAGAAAAAAAUUGAAUUAUAUGUAAUGAUAUUUAAGAGACAAAAAGUAUAAAUUGGAUUGGAACAUAAGAAAUAUAUAUAUAUUUUCCCUCACUUUUUGCUAACUUAAAGUUAUAUAAAAAAAUAGUUAUAUCCAAGCAAUGUAUAUGCUUAAACUGGUAUGAAUGGAUAAGUAAGAAAAUACGUAGCAGCUUUGAACAGUAUUCAUAUUGAAAAGGUGAAGGUAGGAUAGGAAUAAAAGAAGAGGCUGAGACGGUGCAUGAAUAAAGAUUAGAAGACUAUUCCAAGUCAAAUCCAAAAUAAGAAUAAAAGAAUACUCAAUUGGAACGAACCAACUUGUUUGGUCCAACUUGUUAUUAUGGAAACUAACUACAUUUGACUAAAACAAAAAUCUUCGACGACUCUUCGUCAAUUUCUCUACGCGGCUAUCUUCAAACCGUCCGGUUUACUUUUCAUUAAUUGACGCUAACAAUUAACCGGAUGACGGUAUUUGAGUAGUGGCCUAAUUAUAUAGUCGGAAGAUAUAUAUGGACUUCAAAAUUCAGAUUGAAAUGUUGAAAACAACGGAUCGACGUAUAAGCUGUAUAGUGCACAUGAACGUGUCCAAGUACUUUAGGUUAAAUGACUAAAUACAAAUAAUCUCACGAUGAACGAUAAUUUUGUCGGUAUUUUGGGUUUUCUCACUAUGGAAGUGUGGGCCACAAGUUAUUAUGUUGUCACGUUUCGAUCAUGUUAUUGUUUUUAGUUAUUUUUAAUUUCUACUUGAAGUUCCUCACUGACUUUCUUUAUAUAUAAGUAUUAGCUGAGCUGGUGGAAACAUGCAUCUCUUCAAACCAGGUUUGGAGAAGAUGGCUAAUCUGGAUCUGUCUUCUCGAAAAAUGGAACUCUGUCUAAAUAGAAUUUGGAGAAGCCACUCUACAUUUUUGCCAAUACAUUAUCUCCCAUAAACUUGAUUUUAUAUAAUGAGUCGAUAAAUAUACGUAUUAAAUGAAACAAUAUAAAUAUAGCUUUUAGCUGCUAUGAAUUCUCUUGGGAGGCGGCUGAAUCAUGAUAUCUCCGAUGUUAAUUUGGUUCUCAGCCACAAAACGGUUUAAUUGAUGAUAACACAGGUAAAAAAUUGUGGUUUCACAAAAUCUUCAUGUGGUAUGCAUCCCUGUUUUUUUGGAUGGUUUAUAUCCAGUUUCGAACAGCUCGUGAGACACAUACAUGUGAUUUUAUAGAGAAAAAAGGCUAUUUGUGUUUGUGUAUGAAGAUAAACUUGAUACUCGUGACUUGUGAGGCAGAUAUGUGUGAUGCACAUAACCAAAUGUGUAUUUAUCGGCGUGUCAUCAUGCAUGACGCAUUGCCUUCUGUAGAAAGCAAAACUCACACCAAAGCUCCAACCUCUAACUUGUAAAGACAAACUCAAAAGUAAUUCUUAUAACUCCACUAUUUAUUCUUUGGUUGGUGUUUGGUGCCUAUUUUUUUCUGGAUAGUUUAACUUAAUUAAGAUAAGUUGAUAUGAAAACUGGAAAACAUAUACUUUUUUGGGAACUUAAAGAUGAGUGGACGCUUUUAUCAUACGGUGGAAUUAUUCUAUGGGCAAUGUGAGUUGGGUUUGGAUGUUUGGGUCUAUUUGGGUACACUCUUAUUUUCUUGGGUCAGCCCUUAUAAGAUUACUUCUUUUCUUAUGAAAGUAUUUGCUUUCUUUCAUGAACAAAUUUCUCUCGUGUGUCAAUGUGUAUGUAGUGUACUUACGCAUUUUCAAAUCGUUAAUGUUUGAGGAUACAGCAUUUCAGUUUUAUUUCAUGUCAGCAAUUUUACUAUAAAGUAUGAACCGAAGUUUGAAGACAUGAGAAAGCAGGUGUGUAAAUCAAGGAUUCAAAACUCUAGUUUAAUCAAAAAGUAAGUCUUUAUAAACCAAGGAAACCCUAUUUAAUUACCCUCAAAACUUUGGUCACGUAAGAAUAGAAAAAGAAAAGUUGUAUCAGCAUCAGUUUAAUUUGUCGUCUGAUGUGUAACAUUUGGUACGGGGAAGUAGUAGACUCAGCGGCGAAUCUACAGUGUCCAAGAAGGGGGCAGCUGCCCCCACUAAAAUUUACAAAAUAAAUUAAAAUGCAUAGAAGUAAUGUGUGACCCAACAGCUCAAAUGGUUAAAACCUCUACAUUGCCCCCAUUGAAUAAGGGUUCGAACUCCACCUGCCCUCUCUUAAUCUGCUUUUUUCAUUUUAUUAUAAUUUAUUUUUCUAGUCUUUUCUUGUCCACAUGUUUUUUCUAGUUCUUUUUUUUUCUACGUAGUCUUUCUUUCUGUUUUUUGUUCGUUAAACCUUUUGUCAUUCAAACUCAAUUUUUUUUUAGCAACAUUCCAUUAUUUUCUAUUUCAUUUUAUAUUGUUAGUGAUUCAUUUUAUAAUUCUUUAAGAAAAUAUUUUAGUUGUAUGAGUUUAAUAUUCUUUUAAAAUUUUCUAUAAAAAUAUAAACAGAUUUAUAUAAUAAUAUUAAAUAUCUAUAUAUAUUAAUUAAUUAAUUUAAUUUUUUGCCCCCAGCCAAAUUAUUUUCUGGAUCCGACACUGAAUAGACUCCUAAUAAAGAAUUGGUUGUUGUCUGUCUCAUUUGAGUAGCUCUCUCAUCUCUGUCUUUAUGAAGAAACAUAACUGGUUAGAGAUGUGAGGAGUGAGAAAUCAAGAUUCUAUAGGAUGCACGGUUCGAGCUUGAGUAAGAAGUUCCAAUGGAUUGCGAAUUUUUUCUUACUGGCAAAAUGGCUACGAUUAAUUUAUCGAAUCUCCACCAGUUAAUGAUUUUUUCGCCCACCACGACACAGCUCUAAUUAUGUUUUCUAACGUUUUUUUGAGGCUAUUCCAAUUUUUUCUCACUUUGACAUUUAGAAUAAUCAAAACAUUUUACCAAGAUUGGAAAUAGCUUUUGCAAUAUAUAUAUAUUAUUUUUUUGCAGAAGAGAAGAAGACAAAUCCAUGAUCUUCUUAACAAGAGAAAGAAGAAUAAUACAGUUAUUGUUUAUUUUAAUCAACAGUUAAUCCUUUUUUGUCACUGUUAAUCAUACCUUCUUUUUCAUGCUCAACAGUUAAUUUAAUUAUACCUAAAACCUAAAAAUACCUCAUUCUCUUUGAGAAGCUAACUUCAAUUAUGUACAUCAUUAGAGAAGUCAACACUUCAGUGGAUGCCGGAUAAUUAACUUUAUGAUUAUUAAUACAUUAAAGACAAGUAAACGCUGCUAAAACUAUACCGACUUUCAUUUUAAUUUGGAAAAGUGUACUCUUAUAAGUCAUCACAAUGAAUUCCUUAUAACCUUACUUUAAUGUAUAACGAAAAGGCCUUAGAAGAAUAGUAUAAUUAAUUGUUUCAUUCUAUUCAUGUAGACAUGUGUACUAGUGUACGUUUUCCACCAAAUUUAAAAUUUUAGGUUGUACUAUUCGUCGUAUUCGAAGUUCAAUUAAUCUACCAAACAUACUUUGUGUACAUCAGUUUGAUGGAAUAUGAAUAUAAAGACAUUCUGAAGUUAAGAGAGACAAGAAAACAAGCAGUGAUCAUGCCACAACAAAUUACUUUCCUUUUUUAUAUAACAUGCAUGCUAAAAAACAAUAAGCCGAAGAAUAAUAUCAUUUGAUGUGAUAUUAUACCUUUAAAGGUAUCAAAAGGGGUAUAAUGCAAACGAUACAUUCCCUGAACCCGUGUGUAUAUUCACUGACUUCGAAAGUUAGAGGAGUAAUAAUCAGUUUAAGAAGGCAAUAAACAGGUAGGCAAAUCCGUAAGGUGCAUUGUACAUUAACCCGUCUCUACUUUUGAAACUUAGAGACAACUUAACAUAUCUUCAAGCUGUGAUUUCAAUAAAUUUAUUUUAAAGUUAUGAAGAUUUUAUGUGGUGAUGAUCUUAAGACAAAAGAACGAGUUUGAAUCUCAUCUUGUCGGAAUCUCCAACUCUAUUUCGUGCCGUCCUAAUAUUGUUAAAUAUGUUUAUUUAUCAUUUAUCCUAUGUACAUACCUAACUUGACUUUUUAUAACUCUAGACAAUUUGCCUCCCAGCCUUAUUUAAAAGACAAAAAGGUCAGAUAACCUUUUAAAAUUAUUUUAGAGUCAACUAUAAUACGUACAAAUUAGCUUAUAUAUUCUUUUGGCAUGCCCAUAACAAGGUUAACUAAUGUAUACUAUAUAUAUCAUUAAUAACAAGGGAUUUAUAUAAACAUUUAAUAUAAAUUGUUGAAUUUUCUUCUUACUUUGCAUCUAAAAAAUGUUAAGUUCUUAGUGGACGGUACCUAAUGUAUAAAUCAAAUACAACUUAUUUUCACAUUUUCUUUUGUAUGGUUUUGUUUCCUAAUCGUUUAAUCCAGCACAAAACCGAAAACAUACGAACAUGAAUGGUAACAUGCAAUUUUUGCGUUGACAGAGGUAGAUUUCUAACGCAUGGACAUUCAAUCAUUUGAUGAAUCAUACCCAUUACAAUUAUACUUUGAGUUCUAGUUCUGUACUCUGAAGUCUGAACUUACUCAUAAUGGCACUUGCAAGAAAAUAUGCAACAUAUAUGUAUAUAUAAAAAAUAUAGGACUUUAAGAGAUUAUGUGUAGUCUAAUAUAUAUAGGAAAGUAACUUGAUGAAUUUAUACCAAUUUGCUUUGACAUGAUGUUUAUCCGCAUGCAGCUAAUUUUUCAUGUAUGCAAUUGAUUGUAUCUUAAAAAGGUAAAGUUUUUUUGGUCUAAAUUAAAAAGGUAAAGUUGACUACGAUGAAACAUUCUUCGAAAGUAGUAUACCAUUUACAAUACACUAUAAAUUACGGAAAACACAAUAAAAUCAUGGAUUUUAAAAUAAAUUUUAGACAAGGAAAAGAAAACUAGUUACAGGUACAAGCAUAGUGGUACGUUAUAUGCAGAGCCGUCUAACAGCACGCGCAAGUGGAGCGGUUGAACAGGGCCCCAAAAUAUAAAAAUAAAAAAUUUAAGGUUUUUUGGGAAUAUAUAGAUAAAUUAUGGUAAGAAACUUUAAAACUUUAGAUAUAAUACUAAAUUUAGAAAUUAUAAUUAAAAAAAAUAAGACAAAAUUAUUAAAUUUUAAAAUUACUUGAUAAAAUGUACGAUUAAUAUUUUUUUUGAACAGGGCCUCAAAUUAAUUUGAGACGGCACUGGUUAUAUGAUUGUAAAUAAACGUGGAGUGAAAACAUUUCUUAAUUUAUCAAUACACAACAUUAUCCAUACGAACUUACGAAGUUAUUCAAGAAUGUAGUUUAUAAAUAUUUCUAGGCAGAAACAGUAUAAAUUUGAAUUAUUCAUACAAAUAACUUUUAUUCAUAUAUAUAUAAAUCCUUGACAAACGAAAAACAAAAGAUAAAGGCUCACAGCUUCAACGAAAUAAGUUAUAGACGCCGGAUAUAUCACGCUGCAUUUUCUCCUGAAAAAGAAAUUAGCUAAGAGAGACCUAUCGGACAAUUCGUAAUUUAAAGUUUAAUACGGCAUGGAUUAAUAAGUUUCUGUUAUUUUCUUCUUCUUUAGUGUUGUUCAAGUUGCGAUAAUGAUUCCAUUAAUCGUGCAUUGGCGUGGCUAUAUAUUUAUUAUUCACCGCUUCUCUUAUGUGGCCAAUGUUAACUGUCUCUCAUUAUUAUACUAAUCUCUAACGAUCUUAUUCAUAUAUUUGAAUAUGGUUAUAUCAAAAUAAUAUAUUAAUAUGUCGUGAAGGAACAAAGCUGGUCUCAGCUCUCAUUGUCGACCCCACAAGUUGACUGAUCGUGUUCAUCAUCAUGCAUGGCUUCAUAUUAUUUUAUUUAAUUACGACUUGUUCUCGACACAAAUGAUUGUAAUUAGUUUAAGAAUCUCUUGAUUUCUCUUAUCAUCACCAAAUCUUCCUCAAUUAAUCAUCAAGUGCAUCUCCUACCUAUAUAUAUAGUUGCCCAAGAUCAAGAACUAUUAUAACAAAAGAAAAAAACUAACAAGAAGAAUAAGAAGGGAGAAAGACAAGAAAGUGUUGAAGGUUAGAGAGAUGGACGUUUUUGUUGAUGGUGAAUUGGAGUCUCUCCUGGGGAUGUUCAACUUUGAUCAGUGUUCAUCAUCCAAGGAGGAGAAACCGCAAGAUGAGAUGCUUAGCCUCUCUAGCCUUUACAAUGGCCAUCUUCAUCACCAUCAUCAGAACAACGUCUUGUCUUCUGACCAACAUGCUUUCUUGAUUCCUGAUGUGUUCCCAUUUGGCGUGAUGCCGGGAGGGAAUCUUCCGACCAUGCUUGAUUCUUGGGAUCAAAAUCACUUCCAAGAAACGGCAACGCUUAAGAGGAAACUACUUAACGUAGAGAAUCCACACAACACUAACUCUAACUGUGACGUCACAAGACAAGAGCUUGUCAAAGCCAAGAAAAAGCAGAGGGUAAGCCAGGAAAGCAAUACAGCCGACGAAAGCAACACUAACUGGAGAGAUGGCCAGAGCCAAAGCAACAGUUCAGACGACGAAAAGGCUUCGGUCACAAGUGUUAAAGGGAAAACAAGAGCCACGAAAGGGACAGCUACUGAUCCUCAAAGCCUUUAUGCUCGGAAACGAAGAGAGAAGAUUAACGAAAGGCUCAAGACACUACAAAACCUUGUACCGAACGGGACAAAAGUUGAUAUAAGCACGAUGCUUGAAGAAGCGGUCCAUUACGUGAAGUUCUUGCAGCUUCAAAUCAAGUUGUUGAGCUCGGAUGAACUAUGGAUGUACGCACCAUUGGCUUACAAUGGACUUGACAUGGGAUUCCAUCACAACCUUUUGUCUCGGCUUAUGUGAAGGACUUGUAAUACACAAGUUAUACACAAUCUAAUUGUAAAGAAACCGAUUUAGAACAUAUGAAUCUUUUUAAUUGGGCCCUAUCAGAGAGAGGUCUACUUUUGGACGUACCACUUUCUCUCGUUGUUCAUUCUAAUAACUUUUGUUAUUCUGUAAACUUCUUUUUGUCUUUUACUUCAUUAUGGUUCUAAGAACUUGGUACUUUUUAUUAAUGUAAUCAUGUUAUUAAAA